AUGCGAUCUCAGUUUGAGCGCUUGCACUCUACGAUAAAGCGCAUCACAGUUCAGCCUGUUGUCCGUUCCGUGACGAUGCCUACCGAUCAUGGGGCUCCUGGUGUGCUUUCCCGGCCGACCGCUCGCUUAGCAAAGCGGCCACGAGACCUAUUUGAGCUGUGGAAGGAGUACGAGUUUGGAAUCGGCGGGGUCAAACCUGCGAAGUUGUUCAACGAGAAGGAGCGCGGCAAAGCGAAGUUUGUCUUCUGUUUCCGUUUGAAGUUCUGGGUCCUAGUCGAAGGUAUGCUGAAGCGUGGUCACACCAGCGACACGGCCAUCGAUGCGAUCUACCUCAAGUACAGGAGGUCCAAGUCCGUCACUGCGAUAUUGACGCUGCUUCGCCAUGGCAAGCCCCAACGAAAUGAGUUUUGAUGAAGUGGACAAAAAGCAGGAUAUAUUGACCAAUCAAUUGGCG